CUCGGGGAACAUGGCGACUACCUUGGAAAAUGAAAUGGAAGUAGACAACGAAGAUUAUUAUUCUUUGCUCAAUGUCAGGAGGGAGGCCACUUUAGAAGAGUUAAAAUCAUCUUACAGGCGGCUCUGUAUGCUCUACCACCCUGACAAACACAGAGACCCUGAACUGAAGAGACAGGCAGAGCAUCUCUUCAACUCUGUCCACCAAGCAUAUGAAGUUCUCAGCGACCCGCAGUCUCGAGCCAUUUAUGACAUAUUUGGAAAAAGAGGCUUGGAGGUGGAAGGCUGGGAGGUGGUGGAGAGGAAGAGAACCCCUGCAGAGAUCCGGGAGGAAUAUGAGCGCCUGCAGAGGGAGAAAGACGAAAGAAGACUCCAGCAAAGAACAAACCCCAAGGGGACGAUAAGUGUGGGUAUAGAUGCGACAGAGCUCUUCGACCACUACGAUGAGGAUUUCGAGGAUGCUCCGGGAGGAGGUUUUCCCCACAUUGAGAUCAACAGGAUGCACAUUUCCCAAUCCAUUGAGGCACCCCUAACCAAUACAGAUACCGCUGUCCUUUCUGGCUCUUUAUCGACACAUAAUGGCACCGGGGGAGGAACUAUAAAUCUGUGUGUCCGCCGUGUGACCUCAGCCAGGGGCUGGGGAGAGCUGGAGUUUGGCGCAGGGGACAUUAGAGGACCUCUGUUUGGGAUGAAAGUCUUCCGCAAUGUUACUGCACGCUGUUUUGUGACUGGGCAGUGUGGACUGCAGUUCUCCUCACGUGGCGUGAGACCAAAUGCCUCAACAAUGAUGGCCCGGCACUUGGACCAGAAAACUAUGGGCUACUUGCAGUGGCGCUGGGGAAGCCAGUCUGCAAUGACGACGAGCAUUGUCAGGGACACCCAAACCGGCCAUUUCACCCUGGCUUUGCAGCUUGGAAUUCCUCAUUCUUACCUGAUGAUGAGUUAUCAGUACAAAUUCCAGGACGAAGAUCAAACCAAGCUUAAAGGUUCCAUCAAGACCGGGUUCUUCGGCACUGUGGUUGAAUACGGAGCUGAACGAAAGAUCAGUCGCCACAGCGUUCUUGCUGCAACCGUCAGCAUUGGCGUACCCCAAGGAGUCUCUCUCAAAAUCAGGUUGAACCGAGCCAAUCAAACCUACCUCUACCCCAUUCACCUGACCGACCAGAUAUUACCCAGCGCUGUGUUUUAUGCCACUGUGGGCCCACUGGCCUUCUACUUAGCAGUCCAGAAGCUUAUUAUUAUGCCUUAUGUACGAGCCCAGAAGGAACAGGAUCUGGAGAAACAGAAGGAGGAUUCUGCUUCAGAAACUGCCCGCAGGAAGCAAGAGGCUGAAGCCGCUGUUCUGCUGAUGCAAGAGUCAGUGAAGAGAAUCAUUGACGCAGAGGAAUCUAAAAUGGGUCUCAUCAUACUAAAUGCCUGGUACGGCAAAUUUGUGUCGGACAAUAGUCAGAAGCAUGAGAGGGCAAAGGUCAUUGAUGUGACUGUCCCGCUGCAGUGUUUAGUGAAAGACUCUAAACUCAUUCUUACAGAGGCUUCCAAGAGCGGUUUGCCGGGGUUUUAUGACCCGUGUUUCGGAGAGGACAAGAGCCUCAAGCUGCUGUAUCAGUUCAGAGGAGCGAUGCACCAAGUCCUGUCUGGAGAUACAGAUCCUCUUAACAUACCUAAACAAUCUCAUAAAAUACAACAAGAGACGUAGGAAUCUCCAGCACAUCCUGAGGGGAACUGACAGAUGAGAUCUGUGGAUAUACGGAGAUGUGAAGAACGUACCGGAGGACAGUCAGUCAUCGAGGGAUGCGAAGGGCUGCUCUUCUUCAUUUCAUGACGUCACCCAUCUAUCAUCUUUAUGUUGUUUGGUAACUUAAAUUCCCUUUACAAAGCUAACAACAAUGGUCAAGCACAGGAGCAAUGAACAAGUCUCUAGUUUGAAUCCACAUCAGUUUUACAAAAGGUCAAAUGGCAUAUUACAUCCAUCAGUAUCAAUCAGUGUUAAUCCUACGUGUAUUAUCUGAAAGUUUACCAUAAAUAAACUCUUAAGAAAAGCACAUUCCCAGACAUGUGGUUCUGGUUCAUUGAACAGCCUGUGACUUUAUAACUGUAGCUUCUGAUCUCUAUAUGUUUUGAUUGAUAAUUAUAUACAGAGAUUUCUGAAUGUUUGGAUUCUGGGCCUAAAUACAGUGAAUCUCAAACAGAAAUCCGUUCUGUGGCAGAUGUUCAACGUUGCUGAAUGAUUUGUUUUAGAAGAACAAUCUUUUCUGACCGGGGCGUCAUGAUCUCAUUUUAUCCCAGAUUAGUGAGACAAAACGAGAAAUGUUAUUUAUGGCCAUUGUGAUAAUAUUGGAUUUUCAGGUGAAUCUGAUUAUGCACGUUCGGUUCAUUCUACAUUCCCAAUAAUGCAAGAUAUUUGUGCAAAAUGUGUUUAAAGGAAUUUGUACACUUUUGACAUAAUGAUUGAUUUCUGAUGACUGACAUUGGAAAAUAAAAUCUUUGUGAUCGUUAUUAUAACUAUACAGGUAUGUUAGUCAGCAAGCUACAUAUCCAAAUAGAUUUUUUUAAUGAUUGUCAAAAUUAUUUUGUGUGAUGGGUUGUAAAAUAUGACACAGACAUUUCUUGACCGUUGAUUGAACCAUCAACAUGAUUCUUCCCUAUAUAGUCAAGCCAUAUCAAGGGCAGCUGGACAGUUUUGACUCAUUUGUAAUUGAAAAUGCAUUAUUUAUUUUGCAGAAUACUACAUUGUGGUUUUCUCUGUAUUUGCCCGAGAGCAGCUUGCUCUUGCCCACUUCUCUAUAACUGAGCAGCAAAGAGUCUAAAGUAUUACACAAAUUGAUUUCGAGGUAAGUAAAAUGGCUAUUAUUGAUUUUUUUUGGUUCACGGGGCAUUUAUUGACAACUGAAUGAGAGGUUUUAACAGAGUAUGUUUUUGUUUUAUAUUUAAAACAAACCUGCUCCCUCUUUAAUGUGUCAUUUAUGUGUCAUGAUGUCUCCUGGUGUCCUUGGUUUCUUUAUUUAUCAUUGUGCAAUUGAUGCAUUUGUAUUUAUUUGCAUGAUGUAUUUAUUUGUGACAGUCAAAGUUUGUUCAAUGGCAAGAUCCAUUUUGCUGUUGGAGUACUGGAGUCAUACCAUGAACCUUCUGCUUUGAAAGAGUUAGAGAGAAAUCCUGCCAGGGAUCUAUUCAGUACAUUAACUCUUGAGUAAUAGUCCGUGUCAUCAUUUGGUGUGAUUUAAACAUGAAUGCCUGUUAACAUUCUCUGGUUUGUUAUGCAGUACAUUUACCUUGCACGUCUCCUGAAGUUUUUAGUGUGACUUAUGUAUAUGUAAAUGGCUAAUACAAGCCAUGUUUCACAACUUUGUAAGAAAAUAGAAUUACAUUCUUAUCUGAUGCAAAACCUUACAAAUGUAUUGUUGUUGUCAACCUGAAGAAUAAUUUAAACAUUAAAAAGUGAAGCAGCCUACAAGCUGUCUGAACUUAUUGUCUUUAAGAUA